CGCGCAGACAGACGACAACCCUCGCAAAGUGGGAAGUUUUCGCCAAAGGAUUCUGUGUAAAAUUUAAUCACCUUCAUGUCGACUCUGUUGGAUACUAACCUGCCGAUGCUAUGGUUACCUUUAUUACGAUCUUACAGGUGAAUCUAGUGAUGUCCAUCCUGCUGUAUGUGAUGGUCCUCGUGUACCUCUAUGGUAUCCAGGCAACCAACAUGGACAGCGGUCGUCAGGGGCAGCAGCAACAGCAAAGUCCCGACCCGUUGAACUCUCUGAUAAUCCAGCUGCUUCAGGCCGACCUGACGAGGGGGAGGACCAGGGGGAACCAGAGCCAGCAGGGCAGGAGCAGGGACGCACAGCCGCAGGACACGCUACCGCCUCUACCCAGCUCCAGCUUGCCUUCGGAGGAGCCGGGCGAUGCGGAGCAGUGGGGGGUCGGUGGCCGCGGCGGCGGCAGCAGCAGCAGCGGGGCCGCGGCGGACCAGCAGGUCAUGCUGCUGAACACGGACCUUCUCAGGCAGCACAAGCGGUACAACUCGCCCCGGGUGCUGCUCAGCGACCGGCUACCGCUGCAGCCGCCGCCGCUCUACCUGGCGGACGACUUCGUCAGCGGCGGGCCGGACGGAGGGGCGGCGGGAAACAAGACGCGGAAGAAGCGCUACGCCGAGCACAGGAGCUACCGGGGGGAAUAUUCCGUGUGCGACAGCGAGAGCCAGUGGGUGACGGACAAAACCCAGGCGGUGGACACCAGGGGGGACCCCGUCACCGUUCUGGCCAAAAUCAAAACCAGUGCCACGCAGGACAUCAAGCAGUACUUUUAUGAAACGCGCUGUCGGACCCCGAGGCCCUUCAAGGGGGGCUGCAGGGGCAUCGACGACAAGAACUGGAACUCGCAGUGCAAGACCACACAGACGUACGUCCGAGCGCUGACGCAGGUCCGCAACUCGGUGGGCUGGAGGUGGAUACGCAUCGACACGUCCUGCGUGUGCGCGUUGUCGAGGAAACGUCACAGGACGUAAAGGAAAGCGCUGACGCCCUGCUGCGGACUACCUGAUUGGAAUUAUUCCCUCCUGUACAGGAUUUUAUGCCCCGGUCGCCGCGUUCCAAAGGAUUACAAGACACGAUGGCGAACGCCUUCGUUCUACACGAGGACAUCCUGGAUCCAUUUAAACCGGGUUUCACACGAAUGUGCUGCGAAUCCGUGGCACCACUGCUGUUACUGAGGAACUCACUUCAGACGGGCCGGGGAGGGAGGGAACACAUGUGUGAGGGAGAAGUGUACAUAUAAAUUAUUUAAAUUAUAUGAAAUGCAUGUAGUUUAUACAUGUUUAUCUAUCUAUAUAUGACGUAUGAAUAUAUUUGUGUUAUUUAUUGAAAGAAGUCUUCUUCAAAAGGAUAAAAAAAAAAUGUCUAUAAAAAGGAAAGAAACAAGCUAUGAACUCAUUUUGAGACUAUCGUACAGAGCUGGGCUGCAAAAAGGUGCUUCACAGUAAGACUUUACAUGUGCCUUGACUUGUGUGGCUGCAGAGCCGAGCGGCAGGACUUGGUCCAGCAGAACCCGCCGAGCUGAAAGGACCCUCGAAGUCCUGCUGAUAAAAUCCAAGUAGUUCAGACACGAGCAGAUCUCCUGUGACCAAAACCGAUUCGACAUUUGCGACCAAACAUUUCCAUUCACACUGGUUCCUCCCGAAGUAGAAAUUGCUGCCGUGGAAUCUGCUGCCAGUGACUGGAAAUGUUUGGUUUACCACCGACCACGUUGACGCUGUUCACCAAGUUUUACUCACACGUGAGCUGUUUUUGUUUCUUCCUUUUAAUAAAAACUUUUAUUUCUUAA